AUGGUCAAGAAUGAUUUAAUCAAAGACGAGGACGACGCCUACGACGAGCUGAUCGACGAGGAUACCAAGUCGCCCAAGCGGGCCAAGAAGGAGAUCAAGCACGACGCCUCCUCCCCCGAAGUCAAGCCUAAGCGGCCCCGCGCUCGUCAAACCCAGCGUGGAUGGACCAGAGAGGAAGACGAGGCCCUGAUCGACUGCUUGCACGAGAUUAUCGCUACUAACAUGAGCCAAGCGAUCAAGCAGCAUCCGGGUCUUGCCUCUAGGAGCCUCGGGGGUUGCUUGCAACAUUGGUACAGCUACCGCCGAAAGCUCGAGACCAGCGUUCUCGGAGCUGUCACUAUCGAUGGCAAUGGUAAAAAGAAACCCAACACCAAGACGGAAGGGACCAAGCAGGAUACCACCAAUUCCGAGAUGUAG